UAUAUUAGAAAUGCAAAAUGUAGUUACAGUUAAAUAUAGUUAUUGUGUACUCGAUCGAUUCUUGCGUUGUACAUAGAAAAUAUACAUACUUCAUAGGUAGAUUCCCUUAUAGUUAACCUCACUUGUGAGUUUGCCAAAAGUACGUUGAUCGCUAUAGAAAUAAAAUGGCAACAAUAAUGGAAUUGAUUGAUUCUUUUGAUCAUGAAUCAAAAGAGUAUGAAGAAUUCUUGCAACACUUAAUAUGUUUUAACAGAGAUAUACCAUUUGAUGUAGAAGAGGUUGAACAACUAGAGGAUGUCUUUGUAUCGACUGUAAAUAACUAUUUAAAUGAAUCACAUUCUCGAUGUAAAGCUUUAUUACUUUUGAACAUGAUUUUACCACAAUGCUCGACAGAUACUCUUUUAAGAUAUUGCACAUUAUGGAUAACAAAAGCUACCCAAGUAUUAAAUAGUAUCCAUAGUACGCCACAAGACUUAUCAAUUUCUUGUAAAAUUAUUGGACGUCUGAUUAUCAGAUCAAAAGACAUUCCUGAUCUACAAAGACAAGUAUCUAAGCAACAUGUAAAGUCGCUUAUCGAUGUAAUCAGUAAUUUGAGUACAGAAACGAAGUGUGGUCCAGUAUAUUAUUUGAUUGCUGUAUUGUUACAUCGAUAUCCAGAAAUUUGUGAACGUCAUCAGGAGACUAUAAAAACCAUUAUACUACUACAAGUUGAUUCUACGCAAGAAAAUCUGGUUUGUGCCAGUGCAAAAUGCUAUGCCCUUCUGGCAAAAGCAACAGAGCGUUCGUUUAAACCUCCACCGUCGAAACCAAAUUAUAAUGGAUGGAUAUAUAACCAAGCACUUAUUUGCAAUAGCUUACAUGUAAUAAUGGAUGAAUUAUUUUCAAACUUGACAGAAUUAGAAAACGUGGACAUAUGGGAUAAAUUAGAAUUACCUGAUAUAUCUGAAGAGAAUAUCAUUCAAUUCUAUUUUACACAGAAACAAAGAUUUUCGAACUUGUGUUCUUAUUUAUCAUUUAUGUUAUGUGGACUUGAUGAAAAUAAUUCAGUAUUACCACAUGAGAUCUUGAAGGUUUUAUGUAGAGGAUUAGCGAUACAACCGUCAAACAUAAAAAAUCAAAAUUCUGUUAAAGAACAAAUUUUAUAUCUUAUUUUACCAAAACUACAUAUUGCUUUAUUCAACGUUCUGAAUUCGCUGAUAAAUGGAUUUAAAGAACAGUUAGUAUCGUAUGGAUCGACGAUAUUGGAACUGCUUCUUCAAACAUUGCAAUGGACAGAGAAUGCUUUAGAAAACCAAAUAACGAUUAGUAAAGACAAACCAUUUAGAAAUGUGAGGAUAUCUGUUUAUAAAUGUCUGAACUCUUGGUUAAUGAAUACUAAUUCAUUAUCUGGUAUAGAGACAGUUGCGGAUGAAUAUCUUCCUUCUAUAUUAAAAGAUAUUGUACCAGAAAAAAGUCGUGUUUUAUUGACUAUUCAAAAAACGCAAGAUUUAUCAAAAAGAGCAUUGAAGCGUUUCCGAAAUAGUCAAUAUGAGAAUGGUAUACAUUUGAGUAAUGGAAUUGCUUCUAAUAAAGAGCAUUAUUUGGAUACGGAUGUAUGUAAAGUGGCUCUUGAUAUAUUGCAAAAUAUAUUUUUCAAUGGCGGUACUCUCUUAAAACAAACAUUUUUUAAGACUGUACAAAAUAUUGUAAUACCUUUGCUGUACGACUGUUAUUUGAGUACAAGUGAAGAAAAAUUUUAUAAAGAACAUACUCACUGUCGUUUGUUACUAUUUAGAGUUUUGAGAGCUCUGCAAAUGAAUCCGCAUUCCUUAACACCUUUACCUACGCAAUACUCUCUAGAGAUAUUUGAAAUGGCUUUGAAUGAUAAUAAUUUACAUAUUAUUCAAGAAGCCAGAGUGGCAUUGGCUGAACUUGAAAAAAUCAUGCAUCCUCAUGCUCCACCUAUUCAACUAACUCAAGUAGAGACAAUAGAAAAGGAAUUUGUUACUGGUGAACAAAUUGUACAAGGACAUAGUACAAUGGAAAACGUACUUUCACCUGUUAUUGAAACUAUUGCGGACGAAGGUGUAGAAUCAUCGCCAAAUAAAAAAUUAAAAAUUACAAAAUCACAGAUUCAUAGUGAAAUUGUUGAAUCUGGGAUAGAAAAUGUUAUUAAAGAUAAACUGCAUAUUACACAAACAAGCAAAGAUAUUGUAGAAGAACAAGAUAACACGAUAAAAGAACAAAUAACAGUCACAAUACUGAAUAAAGAUAUUGUAGAAAGUGAACAAGCUGCACAAAUUUCUGACGAAUCAGUAAAUAAAACUGCUUCAAUGACAGUCGUGACUAGUGAUACAGAAAUACCGAAAUCAGUGUCAUCCUUGAACGUUAUUAAACAAACUGACGGUAUUUGUAUUGGAAAUACGAAUACAACAGGAGCUAUUAAGCGUACCUCGAAAAAUAUUUCUAAAAUAUCUGAAGUAGAUAAAGAACAUUUUGCACAAGAAGAAGAGGAAGAAGAAAUACUGCAAUUGUUCCAGGAUGUACUAAAGAAUGACAGUUAAUCACAUUUUGAACAUUUUAAAUUCGCGAUAUAUAUAUAUAUAUAUAUAGAAUUGUACUUGUGGAUUAUAUAUUUGGCUGCUGAAAUUUCUUUCCAAAUAUAGUUUUUAUAUUUAUAUUUUGUACUUUCUAUCAAGUCAUUGAUUUUUAGGAUUUUAAAAUUCGUUAUAGAGAUUUUUUAAUCAUAGAGCAUCAUUAUGAGAAUUUUAUAAUUGUAUAUACAAUUAUUUACUUCUCGAUAAUUUCGAUAAUGCGAACGUAAAGGCAGCACUAACUCCAGUACCAUGACCAAGUGCUAUAAUUCUUUUUUUGAUGUUCAUCAAAAUAUUCUAUAUGAUCUUCCACUUAUUUAACUUAACUUAAAAACUUAAAAAUCCUAACAUAAAUGUGUAACAUCAUGUAUGAAAAGUAUCUUUUCUGUCUUACUAUUAUACAAUGAAAAUAAAUAUUAUAAUAAUUA